AUGAUGACAUAAUUAGAGCAUCCUGAUGGUUCUCCUCUUAGGCCUAAUUCUAUAUUGAAAGAUAGGGAUAAGGGUAAGAAUGGAUGCAAUGAAUAUCUAGAGAGGUCAAGAAAUAUCAAGGGAAAGGAAAGUGAGAUUUAGAAUAGGAAUACUCGAAAACCCGGUCGGACCAAGUGGCCGUAGGAGGAUGUCGAAUUGAAUUCAGUUUCUAAUAAGUGUAUUCUUGUGUUCAAUAUAUUAAAUAAGUCUAUUUCUAAAAAUAUAAGAUGA